AUGUACGACCCUCCGCCGGAACGUCCGUCCGAAUCAGACUGCUGCGGUACAGGAUGUGUGCCCUGUGUAUUGGAUUUAUAUGACGAAGAAUAUGCACGCUGGCAACGCCGUCAGAAUAGUGUGGGAGAUCAACUUCGUCGAGAUUUACUUUCGGUUACCAAGUAUAAAGCUUACAAGAUCGUUUCCAUCCAACAGCUCACUGACGAUGUAUACAAGUAUACGUUUGGAGUAAGUCCGCCUACUGAAGGUCGAUUACCAAUAAUUUUUACACAACAUGUAUAUAUCCGAGUGGAUGGGAUGGUUAGACCAAUAUCAGUGUAGACUAUACACCAAUAUCAUUAAGUGAUAAAUGUGCAUUUGACGCAAUAAUCAAAGUGUAUCCAAAUGGACAAUUCACUAAAAUAUUGUUAAAAAAGAAAACAAACGACAUUAUAUUUGUUCGUGGGCCAUCAGGUGGUAUUGACUACAAAGGGUACGACUCAAUAGUUAUGUUCUGUGGUGGAACUGGUAUAGCUGCUUUCCUGGGUCUUAUUAGAUCGAUUUUGGAAAACAAUAAAUGUGAUAUAUUACUACGAUUGCAUUACUCAUGCAAGACUUUAGAUAGCAUACUAAUGCGCAAGACAUUAGCAGAACACGCAGCUUAUUGGAAUUGCGCUGUUUUUAUAUAUUUAUCCAGAGAACAUAACUGGUCAGAAUGUACAAAGUCAUUUUGGUUCAAUGAAAAUAUAGUUGAAGGUAGAAUUUCACAAGAUAUUAUCAAGGAUAUAGUCGAUAAACAACAAAACUCUAAAACACUUUGGCUCAUUUGUGGAAAUAACGCAUUUAAUCAAUACAUAUUUACAUCAUUAAAAAAUUAUAAUGCUAGAGAAGAUUCUAUUCAAUUGUUUCAUAAUACUAUAAUAAAUUCUGAGUAG